AUGGAUAGAUUGAGGGCGGAUGAGAAUGUGCAGCUGAGAAUUGUGGAGGUUUGGAGGUUUCAAGGCUUUGCGAUUCAAGCUUAUCUGCAACUCUUUACAUCCGAGAGAAUUAACAAUCGUAAUGCAGAGACUAUUGAACGAGCAAAACCCAUUACUCAUACUAACUGCGAACAUUGA